GCGGGGGCCUUCGCCUCUGGCGGCGGCGCCGCGGCGCCGUCCUCGGCGAGCGCCCUGGACCCGCGGCUGAGCUCGUCCGGCCUCGGCUCAGGAGCUCUCGACGACAUCGAGGACCCGGAUUUCGACGAGAUGAUCAGCGACCUACGGCGUGCCUUCGUGGGCUGGCUGCAGAGGACGCAGGCCGAGAUCAAGCAGCGGAGAUCCGACCUCCGCCGAGAGCGGCAGAGCUUCGAGGAGGAGAAGCUGUCGGUCUGGCACCUGUUCAUGGCCGAGAAGCAGCGCGAGGUGGAGAAAAUCCGAGAGGACAAGCUGCGCGCAGAGGAGGAGACGGCGGCCAUCAUGCGCACCGUGCAGGCAGACUUGGAGGAGCACCGGCGGAGACUGGACGAGGAGCGCGUCCGCCUGGAGCAGGAGGGCGCCUCCCGCCGCAGGAACGUGGCGCACGAGUACGAAAAGUUCAAGCAGGAGUACGGCCUCUUCGAGGCCGACCGCCAGCGCAUCGUCAACCCGAUGCUGGCGGCGGAGGCGACGAUCGACCUGAACGUCGGGGGCACCGUCUUCGAGACGGCCCGGUCCACGCUGGUGCAGCAGCAAGGCAGCUACCUGGAGGCCUUGCUGUCUGGCCGUUACAACAUCAGCCGCGACAGGUACGGCAGGAUAUUCCUCGACCGGGACCCUGAGUACUUCAGGGCCAUCCUCAACUUCCUGCGGAACCCGCAGACUCCGCCCAUGCCCCGGGACGGGGCCGACAGCGAGGCGCUCGUCCGCGAGGCUGCCUACUACGGCAUCCAUUUCUUCCCUUGGCCUCUGGUAUUCGCCGUCGGCGGCCACGACGGCUACGAGCACCUGCGAGCCGUGGAGGUGCUUGACGUGGGGAACCAGUGCUGGCGGCCGUGCAGGCCCAUGAGCACCGACCGCACGUAUUUCGGAGCAGCCACCCUCAGAAAUCGGCUUCAUGUUUUUGGUGGGCAGAACCUGGAGUACAGGGCGAUGUUUGAGCUCGAGGUGUACGACUGCCUCCGCGACUCCUGGGAGGCCGGCGCCCCGAUGCGCUUCGCCCGCCGGAACUGCGCCUCCGCGGAGCACGACGGGCGGAUUUAUGCCAUCGGCGGCUUCGACGGAACAAAGAUUUCGAACUCCGUGGAGGCCUACGACUCCCGGCUGAAGAAUUGGAUGCAGGUCGCAGAUCUACCUACUCCCAGGUCGUCCGCGAUGUCCGCCAGCGUAGACGGGAAGGUCUUGGUUAUGGGUGGAACAUCUGGUACGCGGAUGAGCACCGUUGACGUGUUCGAUCCACGAGCCAACAGGUGGGACACUCUCAAGUUCGAGAUGUGCGCGGUGCGGUCGGCAGGGCAGGCUGUAUGCUGCGUGAACCACUUGUUCGCUCUGGGUGGCAUCGACAACGAGCAGAACAUCCAUGUAAGCAUGGAAGCAUUGGACACCGACUCGUUUAGCAUGAGACAGUCGAUGCAGGAAGCCCGGAUGGAGUUUGCCGCGGCGUGCAUCUCGGACUCCAUCAUGGUGGGCGGCGGCCAGAACGGCGGCGUGCUCUCGUCCACCGAGUUCUACAGACCAGAGCUGGACGAGUGGCAAGCGGGCCCCUCCAUGAUGAUCCCGCGUUACGGCCACCAGUACCUGAUCUGCACUCUGUGA